AUGUUAGGGAAUUUGAGCAUAGCCAUAAUUGAAUCUGAAACUGAGCUUUUUCCCACAUCGUUUAAUAUCCCUCCUAAUUUGGAUUUUGGCUCAACUGAAACAUUUGAUAAAACUAUAACUUACAAACAGCCAACAUUAUUGCAAGAUGCAAUUAUCACAGGUUCACAAGACACUUUAAAAUUAUAUAAGUUAGGUGCAAUUCCAGAUCACUUCAAAGCUUCAAAUUACCCAAAACAGCUUUGGGCACAAGCUUGUUCUCAAUAUUUUAAGGGAGACUUUAAAGAGUUCUUCCAAGAUGCUCAAAAGAACCCAGUCCAUCCAAAUGUAGGUUUUAGUUGGGUUGUGACAUCUGCUGUGGCACUUGGAUUAGAUGCAGCUGUUAUCAAUGCAAUGCAAAUGAAUAACUUUCAAGGAGAAAAGGUUAAUGGUUCAUUUACUGCUUAUUUUAAUGAGAAUAACAGAAACAAUUACAACAACAAAAAUUUCAAUAAGUCCAACAAAAUUAAUAAUUUUAAUAAAUAUGAUAAUUUCAAGGAAAAGAAUAAUCGUUGGAAACCUACAACAGUUAGAAAAUCCUUCAAAAGGAAUGGAAAAAUGGAAUCAGUCAAUCUUUUAGCUUGGCAAAAUGGAGGAGAGCUUACCUUUCGUGAACCUGCUGAAAAUAACACAGAACAUGAGGAAAAGGAAGGUGAAAACGAAGAUAUCAAUUUAGCUGCAGAAGUUUUAGGUUCAGAUGAUGACAAUGAAGCGAGGCCUAGCUUUCUACACAACCAAGAGACUACACUAUUGCAUCCUAACAUGGAGAUUCAUAUCCCGUCUGCUCGAGGUUUAAGACCACGUAAACUUCUGAUGAUUCCGGCUUCUGUGGGGUCUGGUGUUUUGUUUUUAGCUGAUUAG